AUGCUGUUAAGAAAUCUUGUAAUCGCUUCAGUGGCAGUUGUGUUUUUGGUGUCCAGCGUAUCAGCGGCUCCUGUUGAAGAUAAGGAGCCCGAGGAAAAUGACUUUGAGGCUGAAGAGGGUGAAGAAGAGCUGUCUGAGGAGGAAGAGGAUGAUGAUGACUCCAAAGGUCAGCAUAUGAAGGGAGCCGGAUCUCAGCAGGCCACCACAGCACCCAAAGGCUUGGGUUUGACUCCUGGCAGCGGCGUCGCGGGCGAAUCCCCAAACGGUCACAAACUUAAUGGUGGCACUCAAACGGGCCAAGUCUCAUCAAGCAGCACAUCCACAGCUUCAGGUGGAGCAAACGGAGGUAACGGUAGAGACGGGUAUUCACAUUCAUCUGGCUCAAGUUCUCAAGAUGCAAGUUACGAUGGACAAGAUGGGUCGAAAUCUGAGAUAGUUCCUCCAGGCGUAGGAGCUGGAGGUGCGGGUGCUAAUGGAGGUUCAGGAUCUAAAGUUCCUGGCACAGAAGGGGGCGUCCAUUCAGUGUCCAUUUCUAUUGUGUCAUCAGGUCAAGGGUCAUCAGGCCACAUAUCAGCAGGUCAUGAGUCAGUGAUGUCAUCGAGCCAGACGUCUGGCAGACCUUCAGCAGGACAGACACCAGACGCUGCAGGUGUCGUUUCAUCCGAGGUCCAAUCACAGCCUGCAGGGUCGGAAGGAUUCUCUCCACAAUAUGAAAAUGGAGAAACAUCUCAAGAUGGAUCUCAGAUCGAGCCUCCAGAAAUCCCUGAGACAGAAUCUAACGGUAAUGGACAUAAACAGCUACUGAACGGAGGAGAAACAGGAUUCACGGGGCUGGAUCAUUUCAUGGCAGGUACAUCUCAGAUGCAAGGGACAGGUGGUUUUGAUUCAUUUGGCGCAAGCCCCCAUCUGGCAAUUACAGGCGUAAUAGACCAGUCAAGCCAUGACUUUCUUGUUGGUUUAAUGGGUGGAUUGGGAGAAAGCUUUGGUCCAGACACCCAAACGGACGGUCUAGAUCACAUGGGACUCGCUUUUCAGGUGGAUUCAGCAGCGGCUGGCGUGAGUCCAGGGCAGUCGUCCAGUGGCGGUCCGGUUCUAGACACUCCUCCAGACUCUGCUGGACCGGAUUAUCUAUCUGCUGACAAUGGGAACGGUGAUUAUAGUCACUCAGUCAGCACAUCUGAUAAUGGAGCACCAUCAAAAUUACCAGCAGAUACAACAGAUUCAUCGGUAGUGUUGGACACAGCGUCACAUCCGGCACAUUCCUUCAUAGACUAUUCAGAUGGAGGGGCGGAUAAUAACGGUGCAGAUAACGGCGCAGAUUCACACGAUACUAAUGGAAAUGGCAAUGGUCGACACAAACCUGUGGUAGACGUACAGAAAGGUGACCCUUCAGGCACUCAUCUCGACCUCAGUGGAGCAGGAGCGGAGACACAUCACACAGCUGGAGACCAGCAUACGGUCAGCUCACAUUCAGAUGCAGUUGGCGCACUCGGUUUAAGUGACCACACUCUCAGUCCUUACGCUGACACGACUGGACACGAUGGUGUCACCGGUGCAGGAGGACAGACAGACAUGGCAGGUGCUGCAGGUGAGCCGGUGACUGAUGGACAGGCUCAAACAGACCUGACAGGACAGGGACACUUAGCUGUGACCGACGGCAUGCCGAAUUACACAGAUUCUGUGCACGCGACUGGGACUGGAUUUACAGAUGCCUCAGAGACACAUAGUAUCAUGGUUCAGACAGACUUACCAGUCACAGGGGGUCCAUUCACAGCGGGUUCCUCACAGACAGAUGCCAUGGGGACAGGCCAGCCUGGUGCUACGGAGCAGACACAGCCAGCUGUAUCAGCAGGUGAACAGUACCACACAUCUGGUCAGGGUCCUGAAGGUGCAGAAAAUGUGGAACUGGAAGAUACCUGCUGAUUUCCACAUGAAGCCGCGCGUGAGGUUUCUGCGCUACAGAUUUCAGUGUACAGACCAGUACGCCUGGCAGAGGAACCGCCAACCGGCCCGCUAGACUUUAGCUCUCCUUUGUGCGUAUGUGUGUGUUCAUGUGUGCGUUUGUCUGAUUUUGGACUAUUUAAGCAUUCAGAGGAUAUACUGUAACUUAACAUUGUAUUGCGCCUGUUUAUAGACGUGCCCUGUAAGUAUUUUAUUCAUUGGUAAAAAGUCAAACUUUAAACGAGAGAUAUUCUAAAUUUGAAAUGCAUUUGUGUAAAUUCAAUGUUUUUUUUUCCUCCCCCAUAAAUGUUGCUACUGUGUUUUCUUUGCCUAGAUGUUUGAGCGAUAUUCUUCCCAGAUGUCACCAAUUGUAUAUUGCUGAAUGUUUGUCAUUUGAAGAUAAUCUUUACAUUAAAUUGAACAUCUAUUUUGAACAUCAAAUUCAA